AUGUCAUCCCAGGCUGAGCCAUUUCCCGUCUUGCAUCUCCGCCUCUUUUCUGCCCUUCCUCUACCUCUCUCCCUUUUUCUCACUAUUUAUUUCCCUCUCCCUCUCUCUUUAACUUUUUCUUUCUCUAUAUCACUCUUUCCUUCUCUUUCUUUCUCUCACGCCCUGUCCAACUGCUCCGCCCCGCUCCAGCUUUGUCUGCCCCAGCCAGAACUCCGCCGGUCGGCUCGGGCCCUGCCUACACCAGACUCCCAUCUUGCCCGUCGUGAUAAUCUUUGUGUCCUACGUCUUCCUCUUUCUCUCUCUCUCUCUCUUUCUUACGUCCUCUCGCUAGGCACUAGGACCACACUUUUUGUCGGGCUAUUUCGCUUUCAGCCUCCAUGGCCACUUGGCCCAGCGACCGGACGUGAUGAUGCCUCGCUCCAGAAGGCAAGCUCCAAUCCAAACGCUCGGCAAAUGUUUCUCCGCCCUCUUCUAACGACCCCGUCAGUUGGUCUCUUGAUUUCCGUCGAUUGUCCGCAUUUACGUCUAUUCUGCCACAGACCUUGCCUGUCGUGCUCCCUUUCUUUUUUGAUUCGCUUUCAUUUGCUACACUUGCAUCUGUGUCUAGAAAGCCACCACAAACCGUUUCCUACUGGUCAUAAUUGCCCGCCUCCCAGAACCGACUCUUAUUCACUGCCAUUUCUAGCAUAA